AUGACAAGUGUCACCAACACCAGCAGCCUCUUUGAGCUGUGUGUCUAUAAACCUCUGAUUGGAAGGCAGGUGCUGGUGCAGGUGCUGACAGGAGUAUUCUUAUAUGUGAAUAUCCUCAUGAUCUUCACCUUCUUCAAGAAAGAGGCCUUCCGGACAGACACCCGCUACAUACUGUUCGCCCACAUGCUAUUGGUGGACUCUUCGCUUUUGGCAACCACAGACCUUGCCUUGUUGCUCAUCUAUUUCCAAUGCAUAAUGCCCUACAUUGCCUGCAUGGUGCUCAACUUGCUCAUGAUCUGGCUUGAGUUUUGCACACCUCUAACCCUAGUGGCCAUGUGCCUAGAGCGCUAUGUGGCCAUCUGCAAACCCCUCAGGUAUGACGCUAUUUCAACCCCAAGGACCAGGCUGGUGGGCCUGAUCCUCAUCUGGAGUCUGGGCUCUGUCCCUGCCUUUGCAGUCCUCCUCUCCUUUUGCAUCCUCGUCCCUGCCAGAUACUUGCACCUGUGGGUUUUGGGGUGCAGUGUGGAGUUACUCAUAGUGGUCGAUUGGCAGAAACAUCUACAUGCUGCCAUUUUCCAGUUCUAUUUCCUGGUCAUGACCGUGGCCAUCGCCUUUACCUACAUCAAGAUCACAGUAGUUGCCCGCUCUGCCUCUGGUGACAACAAAAAGUCCAUCUCAAGGGGUGUCCGGACAGUGGUCCUUCAUGCUAUCCAGCUACUCCUUUGCCUGAUCCAGCUGUGGUGCCCUUUUGUGGAGAUGUCCCUGAUGAAAGUUAGCACUGUGCUGUACCUCGAUGUCAGGUUCUUUAAUUUUAUUGUCUUUAUGAUUGCACCACGGUGCCUGAGUCCAUUGAUUUAUGGUUUGAGGGAUCAAAAAUUCUUACAGGUGCUGAAAUAUUAUGCAGCUUUUGGUAUGAGUAAGGAUAAGAUUUAA